AUGAGCGACAACGAUCUCACCGUGGAGGAAAAGGUGGCCAUUGCCGCCCUGGUCAUCUCACUUUUCGCUUUGCUUGGCGUAGUAUUGCAGUAUGUCCAAGCAGUCAUUGGGAGGAUCAACGGUCUCUCGAUUCGCGACAGAGAGGUCUUGGGAAAAUGGGCAGAAUACGCCAAGAUCAGCUUCAGGUGGUUCCGGGGCGAGGUGCAGUACGAGGCGCCCAUCAUCUUCAUGGCCGCCAGCGACAACACGAGGGGUCCCAUCGACGACAAGGAGAUUUGGUACGUGGACGGCACGCGCGAGAGCUGUGAAAAGACCAGAGUUGAGCUGCCGACCAGUGAUCUGAGGGAGCGGGUCCACACGCACAAGAACGAGCUGGCGACGUGGAUCUUGGCCAUCGAGGCGGCGCAGAUGAUGGAGCGGGACUCGAAGCAGUGGGAGGCGAACGAGUGGAGGAAGUUUGCGACGGAGAGCGGCACGCGAAGCCCUGUCACUCUUCCGUAUAAGGGGCCGGUGUCGCUGGCGGUGGCUAUUCAGCCGAUGAGGAGGAGUUUUGACAAGCAUCCUGCUGUGAAGAGGCCUUACGCGACGACGGCGAUUUGUCAUAUCAUCGAGCUCUGCGCUGUGCUUGGGAUAUACUGGAAGGAGUUUGACCGUGACAACAACAAGUACCGCGCCGAGGGGAACGGGUAUAGUGUGCUCGGGAACAGGGUCCAUGACUUUGGUCUGGUGUUCACGUUCGAGAAACCCGGCUGGCCGAGGUUCGAGAAGAACAGGGUGAUACCGACGUCUGAGGUCAAAGAGCUCAGUUUUGGGAACGUCCCGACCUUUUAUCGGGACAAGAAGGACGACAGGAAUUGGAAAGCGCCCAUCAACGAGCAGAAAGAUCUCAAGACGCUGCAGUUGGGGAGCCGUACCGAGAUUGCCGAGACGCUCAACCUGAUCCGGUGCAACGAGUACACGACGCAGUGCUAUUCGGACGAAACAAAGAAGCAUGUGCAUUUGUUUCCUGUUGUCUUUGAAGUCUUGGCCAUGCUGGCAAGGCCAUUUCACAUCAAGGAUCGGCCAUUCACUUAUCUGCCCAACCCCGUGGCAUUCGCUCUGAACAAGCAGGCCUUUUCGCCCCGGCGCCUGCUGAGCGAGUUCCGCAAGAGGCUGAACUUUGAGAUCAACACAGACCAGGGGCCAAAAUACACACCCCCAACCGAACUCGCCAACAUUGACAGACUGGCCAGCGACCUGGAAGAAGAGCUUCCCAAACGUGACGGAGAAUAUUCGCCCAAGUGCCUCAAUGAGCUGCACGAGGCCAUUGACGAGGUCGGUGACAGCAUCCUGAACAAGACGUCCAAAGAUGUCGUGCUCGACGUCCUCCGCCGUCAUGUCCAGGAGGUUCUGCUGGCAAUCAACACCUCUCAACGAGACAUCGACUGGGCGGAAUACAGCCCAACAGCUGCCGCCCCGCCGCCUAGCGGGAGACCAACUCACCUCCCAAUGUCAGCAUCAGCACCGGGCACACCGGCGCAACCCCCCCUGUUCCCACCGAUGCCGACCGACGAAGGCGCAACAGGGGAUGUCUCCUUUGACGAUCUACUCAAGACACCACACGAGAAGCGCGAGGCGGCUUUGAUCAAGCACUACUUUGACGAUAUCCGCAUCAGGGCCGUCAGCCUUGACGACACAAACCAGCAUUAUGACCAGGAGGCUGCCCAAGCCUCCAAGGAUAUUCACUACUCCGAGCCCGGGUACGACGGGCUUGGUUUGGUGGGGCUGCAGCAGACGACAACAGCGCAGACAAUGGGGACCAUGAGUGAGGAUGGCACCGGAAACACGACGACACACUCCUCACCCAGGCCGCCGACACUCGGGAUAAACUCGAGGAGGGCCACAGGGACGUUCAGCAAUGGCAGGCUACCGCCCACCCCGAGCAGGGCGGAAACAUGGAGGAAGCACGGACUGACGAAUACGGAGAUCAGGAGGAACACCAUCUGGUUUGCGCUGGUGUUUAGGAUGAUCUGCUGGCUGCUGCUACAUGACUUUGACAAGAAGGAUGUGCAGCUUCCCAAGAGCGAGCUGAUGGGCAGUCGGCUGAGUGUGUUUAUUGUAUGA